GAUACAAGUUGUUUCAUUAUAACCUAUCCUCCAAAGUUAACCUAGGAACCCUACCAGGUGUUACAUUAUAACAUUACAAUAAACACAUAUUAUCCUUGAAAAAUUAAUGCAAGUAAACCAUUUCUUUGUGAACAUAAAAUUUGGUCUUCUAUUAACAAAAUGGAAAGAAAAGAGAAAAUCGAAGAUACAGUAACAAAUAUCAAGGAUGAGAAUACUAUUUUUGUCAAGCCUGAAUUCAUAAAAGUAGAGCCUGCUCCAGGUUAUCUAGAUCCCUAUAUUGAAGACCAAUGGCAAGGAGAUUCUGAUAUUAGUUUGAACCAAAUUAAAACAGAAUUACUAAUGGAAGAUAUGACAUUUGAACAGCACCAAGGCGAUUUAGCACAAUUCCAGUAUUGUAAUAGUGAUGUUGAUAAUAUAAAACUAGAGCAUACUGCUAAAGGAAGUCAAAGCAGUGAAUAUGAUAGCUUCACAAAUGAAAUUAAAGAGGAUUUCAAUAGAGAAAGUAUAUGUGAUGCAUUUGAUGAUUCAGGCUUAAAUGAAUACUCGUUAAAAAUUGAAAUAGAAGAUGAAAAAAAACUUAUGCCAUAUGGAGAAAAACAAACACACAAAGAAGGAUAUCUGCAAGAUGGAAACAAAGUGCCAGUUAUGGAGAAACUCAUCGAAGAUUCAUCUUACAAAGGAAAUGAUAUGAGUGGACAAACUGAAUCAAAAACAUUAAGAAAAAAUAUGAAAGCUACGGCUGGAAAAAGACCUUACAAAUGUGAAAUUUGUUUUAAGAAGUGUACUACAGCAAGUAAUUUGAAAGUACAUUUGAGAGUGCACACCGGGGAAAAACCGUAUAGGUGUGAAACUUGUUUUAAGCAGUUUAUUACUACAAGUUGUUUGAAAGUACAUUUGAGAGUACACGCCGGGGAAAAACCUUACAAGUGUGAAAUUUGUUUGAAGCAGUUUAUUCAAGCAGGUGAUUUGAAAACACAUUUGAUAGUGCACACUGGAGAAAAACGUUACAAGUGCGAGAUGUGUUUCAAGCAAUUUAGUCUAGCAGGUACUUUGAAAACACAUUUGAGAGUGCACACUGGAGAGAAACCUUACAAGUGUGAAAUUUGUUUUAAGCAAUUUAAUCAAGGCAGUAAUUUGAAAAUACACUUAAGAGUGCACACUGGAGAAAAACCUUAUAAGUGUGAAAUUUGUUUUAAGCAAUUUAGUAACGUAAGUCAUUUGAAAACACAUUUGAUAGUGCACACUGGAGAAACACCUCACCAGUGUGAAAUUUGUUUCAAGCGGUGUUCUACAGCAAGUAAUUUGAAAGAACAUAUGAGAGUUCACACUGGAGAAAAGCCUUACAAGUGUAAAAUUUGUUUAAAGCAGUUUAGCCACGCAAGUCUUUUCAAAACACAUUUGAGAGUGCACACUGGAGAAAAACCAUACAAGUGUGAAAUUUGUUUUAAACAAUUUAGUGUAGAAGGAAGUUUGAAAAGACAUUUGAGAACGCACACUCUAGAAAAACCUCACCAGUGUGAAAUUUGUUUUAAACAAUUUAGUGUAGAAGGAAGUUUGAAAAGACAUUUGAGAACGCACACUCUAGAAAAACCUUACAAGUGUGAAAUUUGUUUGAAGCAAUUUAGACAAAAAGGUACUUUGAAAACACAUUUGAGACUGCACACUGGAGAAAAACCUUAUAAGUGUGAAAUUUGUUUUAAGCAAUUUAGUAACGUAAGUCAUUUGAAAACACAUUUGAGAGUGCACACUGGAGAAACACCUCACCAGUGUGAAAUUUGUUUCAAGCGGUGUUCUACAGCAAGUAAUUUGAAAGAACAUAUGAGAGUUCACACUGGAGAAAAGCCUUACAAGUGUGAAAUUUGUUUAAAGCAGUUUAGCCACGCAAGUCCUUUCAAAACACAUUUGAGAGUGCACACUGGAUAAAAACCUUACAAGUGUGAUAUUUGUUUCAAGCAGUUUAUUACUACAAGUCAUUUGAAUAUACAUUUGAAGGGUACAGGGGAAGAACGGCAAUGUCCAUUUGGAUUUUUCUCGAACACACUGAACGUUAAGGUUUAUUAACUUUUUAUAAAAUCAAAUUUA